GCGAGGGGAACAAAGAUGGCUAUGGCUCUAUCCGCCAUUUUCUAAAGUGAGAUAGACUAAAGUGUUUUUCGUGAAAAUAGCAUGUUUGGGUGGGAAAUUGAGCAAAUUUCCGUGGAAAAUUGUUAAAAACAGUUCGACGAACUUAUCUUUGGGGCUGUGGCAAUGCGUCGCAUUGAAAAUUAGUCUUUUUCGGCGUCUUGAAAAUCGGCGUCUCUGUGGAAACAGCGCCGUGUGAGAGUAAAGUUGCUUGAAAAUCUUCCGACCAUCACAAUGUUCGACCCAAACGCAAUCACGACCCAACAGUCCCAAAUCCAGUACCAGCAGCCCCAACCCACCGACAAGGACAAAAACCAAGAGCCCCAAAAAGACACUUUCCCCUCCUUCUGCUACGCAAACGUCAACAUGAUCCACAAAAUAACCCCAAACACCACCCAACCCCACAAUUCCACUGUCAACAUGUCUCAACUCUCCGACGACAAAUGCUACAUCACUCAGCCCUUCUCCUACAACUACGCCCUCGUCAACCAAAUGUCCCUAACCCAAAACACCAUCUCGAAUAUAACAUUCAAAUGCGACGUGUGUGGCCUAAUGUUCGCCCAUUUGUCCCUUCUCAACCACCACAAACGGGUACACCAGCCGCAGGGUGACCAACCCCAGCAACAAAUCACCGUCCAGGUCCAACAACCCCAACAACCAACCCAAAUCCAGAUUGUCUCCGCUGAUAGGAUUCGGUUUCCGUGCGAGGAAUGUGGACUCACUUUCAACACGCAAAAUGAUCUGAAAUCGCACAAGAUACAGACACAUCAGCCCCAACAACAGCCCCAAAACACACUAAAAAUCAAAAAUUGUGAAUCGUGUGGGGCCCCCUUACCGCAAGACAAUAACAAAAAAAGAGCCGUAAUGAAAGUCAAGUGCGAGAAUUGUCUCUCAGCGGAGGCUAUACAGCCCCAGAUUUUCGUUGUAGCGACAGCGAGUGACUCGAAUGUGAAGUUUGAAGAGUCCACGGGGACACAAACGACCAAUCAGUCAAGUCUAGGGACCCAAAACUCGAUUCCUAUUGGUGUAAAAAAUAAUCAUCCUGUGAAAAGGAGGGGCGUGGCGAGUGUCACUAAAUGUACUAAAUGUAACGGAAGCGGGAUUAUUUUCAUAGGGGGGUCGAAAAAUCAACAAAAUAAUGUCGAUAAGCCGUUUCAUUGCAAUAUCUGUAAUGGUUCCUUUAGUCGUUACUCUUCCCUUUGGUCACACAAACGCCUCCACACCGGCGAGAAGAAUUUCAAGUGUAACAUUUGCGGUUUAGCCUUCGCCAAGGCCGCCUAUCUCAAAAACCAUUCGCGUAUUCACACCGGGGAAAAACCGUACCGUUGCAACGUUUGUGGUAUGCAAUUUUCACAAUCCCCCCAUUUGAAAAACCACGAACGGAUUCAUUCGGGGGAAAGACCGUACGUUUGCGAAGUGUGUGAAAAAUCCUUCGCGAGACAUUCGACUUUGUGGAACCAUCGGAGGAUCCACACGGGGGAAAAACCCUACAGGUGCGACAUCUGUGGUUCGUGUUUCAACCAAGCUACACAUCUUAAAAACCAUGCCAAGGUGCAUUCGGGCGAAAAGCCGUUCAAAUGUGAUAUUUGCUCGGUGGGAUUUUCAGACAGAUUUGCACUAAAGCGACAUAGGAAUAUUCAUGAAAAAUACGGGAGGACUAAGCCUAACCCUCCAGCUUCCACGACCGAAGAUACUCAAACAAAUAAUACGACAAGUGAUUCGACGACUACGACUGUUACGACUGUCGCAACAGCGACGCAAGACACAAACGAACACGAAGAACUUUUAGAAACGAAAUAUGAGGAGAAAUUUGUGCCGUCGGAUGAGAUAACUGAAGAAAUGACCGAUAUUUCUGAACUACAAGUCCAAUUAUCUUAAAUGACAAAGUAUUAUUUGGUUUUUUGUAUAUAAACUUCCUUUUAGUAUUGUUAGGCUGAUAUUUUUACGCAAUUCAUUUUUAUUUAGACUUUUUUUUAUGACAUCAGCUUUGUUAUCUUGAAAUAUAAUGCUAGAUAGGUUUAGAAUAACGAAAAAGAAUAUAAUUGCCAUUUUUGUUGUUACGAAUUUUUUGGCUGCGCUUUGCCCUCCAUUAUUUUGUUAGUCAUUACUUUACAGUAAUAAAUGCUCAAAGUAUCGUAAA